AGAGCAGCUGAUCACAAAGAAGAAGAAAAUCUGGUGGAAAAGUCUAUACCAGAUGGACUUGCAGGCUCGGGGUUUUGGUGAUGUUGUCCCUGAAGUGGUUGAGAGGCUUGGUGAUGUUAAAGAAAGAGAUGGUGAAGUCCCUGAGAGGCUUGGUGAUAUCCUCUCAUUACAGUCAGCUGUGGACAAAGGAUUUGCGAAGAUCAUGGAGAAGUUUGCUGAGAUGGACAGCAAAGUGAGUAUGCUGGAUGGGAGAGUGAAAGAAUUAGAGGGUUAUGUGGCAAUCCAGCUAGAGAAAGAGCGGUACAAUGAGUAUCAUCCAGGGACUUCAAGUGAUUUUGUGCCAACCUAUUGUACACCAACUGCUAAUCAACCAAUAGUGAGUCCGACAAAGGCUUUGGUCCUUCACAGUGGUUUCACAGACCCUAAGCCAAUCCAGAUUCAAGAAUUGAGUGAUGAAGGUGAUCAGGAGCAGCUGGCUAGGAAAGAGAAGGAGAACAAGAAGAAGAAGAGACAGCGUGGCCCUACAAUCCAGACCGGGCAAAAGAGACAAAGGAAGCCUUCCAGGUUUAAGGCUGAAGAGUUUACAGCAGAGGGGAAGGGGAAGGGGAAGAAGAGGCAGAAGAAAUAGGUGAUCUUUAUGAUGGGUUGUUUUUGUGUAGGACAAAACUUAUCUUUUUUGAGUAUUUUGCGGUUAUCUUUUAUUAGGAUUAAAGAGCAUUGUAUUAUCUUUUGGUUGUGUUGUGG